UGGGAGAUCGGCAUGUCUCCUUUUACUUCGACAGGGCACCAAGUCCCUGGUAAGAUAUGGUGUCAACCCUACGGAUGUCUGCGUCUAUCUCAAUUAUCACCAAUGCAAACCGGCAGGGAUUGAGACCUUUCUGACGGCAAACGGUCAAGUCGAGAGACACAAUCCAGUCAGAUGGUAGCGUCGAAAGGGAUGUCAAAUAUGCAAGAUGGAGCAUGGACUCGUGAAGGAAUAUGUUAUAAGAAAUGCUUUUGUUUUGGGAAGGGAUAGAAGCGAGGAAAUUGUUUCGUCACUGGAUGGAGUUUACGUCACGGCAUGGAUACUGAACAUAAGAGGGCACCACGGAUGGUUUGCUGUCAAUACCACAUAGACUGGGAGAAGGGGGGAGGGGUAACGUUGGGUGCAUCUUUUCAAAGACGCGCAUGAAAAAGAAAAACAGGGACAAAGUGCGGAUUAAAAAAAAAAAAGUCCAUAAAAACAAAAUAAAAAAAAUGUUGAAAAUCUAUUUAAAAGGAUAUAUCAGUGUAUCUUGGCUGCUACGUAUGUAACACUGCCGCUUGGGAUGAGAAACGUUGCAUGUCAAAAUGACUUGAUUUGAGGUCAUGUGGGACGUUUUUCUUUUGUUGGGGGGAUUUCCUUGAAUCCUACCCACGGAUCCAUGCUAUCAUUCCCCAGUCAUAGGCAGCCAAGGCUCGAUACACACAGAUGGGCAGAAAGAAUCCAGGCGUGGUAGACACAAACAUAAUAUCCAUGUACCAAAGCCUGCAGUCUCGUAGGACGAG